AUGAAGGCUGUCGUAUAUCAAGAACCCGGCUCCUUUGCCAUCGAGGACCGGCCCAAGCCCACGAUCCUGCAACCGGGCGAUGCCAUCGUGAAACUCAUCUACACCACCAUUUGCGGUACUGACCUUCACAUCCUUCAAGGCCAUGUUCCAUCCUGUAAGCCCGGUCGCAUUCUGGGCCACGAAGGUGUAGGAGUCGUUGACAGUGUCGGCCCCGGAGUCAAUGGACCGCGAGCAGGGGACCGGGUGCUGAUUUCAUGUAUCUCGGCCUGCGGAAUGUGUACAGCUUGUCGCAAGGCAAUGACCUCCCAUUGCUCAACAGGCGGCUGGAUUCUAGGCAAUGGAAUUGAUGGCACACAAGCCGAGUACGUGCGCGUGCCACAUGCCAACUUCUCUCUCCAUGUUCUGCCUGCCAGCAUUCCCAGCGACAUCGCGGUCACCUUCUCCGAUAUUCUCCCCACGGCCUAUGAAUGUGGAGUUCUUAAUGCUGCUGUGCAGCCCGGAGCGUCGGUUGCUGUUGUUGGGCCUGGGCCUAUCGGUCUGGCAGCGCUGAUGCUGGUCCAGCGACUCUUCGGUCCGUCACAAGUGGUGGUGAUUGGCCGAGGAGAGUCGCGUCUGCGCAUUGCCAAAAGCCUCGGGGCAAGUCAUACUUUUAGUUCGCGAGAAGGUCUGGAAAGUGCAGUCCAAGCGGCUAUCGAAGCUAAUGGCGGUACUGGAUACGACGCCGUGAUCGAGGCUGUCGGGUCGAAGGAGAGCUUCGAGCUGGCGCAGAUGCUGGUUGGGGCGGGGGGUACGAUUGCCAGUCUUGGCGUAUUUGGCAGUAAAUGUGACCUUCACCUUGACCGUUUAUGGAAUCAGAAUAUCUGUUUGCGCACGCGUUUGGUAGAUGCUGUCUCAACGCCGAAUCUUUUGAAGAUGGUAGAGUCAAAAAUGAUCCAUCCGGAGGUUCUGAUCUCGCAUCGAUUCUCGUUCGUAGACAUGCUCCAGGCGUAUGACACGUUCCAGGCAGCAUCCCAGCAAGAUGCGCUGAAGGUCGUGGUCGCCAUGGCAGACGAAGUCAAUGGCGUGGCGAACGAGAAGGAAGCGGUGUCUGUAGAUGGACUCUGCAGUAAGAAGUGA